AUGCCAGCGGCCCAAGCGGAAAAAAGAGGACAAAAGUUGCAAAAUUGGCGUCGUCGGCAGGCCAAUGGAAUUAGAUUCCUCGCAUUGCCAAAAUCGCAAUAACACCACCGUUUCCGAAUUCCCGUCCCCUCAUUCUCUUCUCGAUGGCGUCGCCUGAGAAGGACCAAGCACCGGUGCAUCCGCCGCCGCCUCCGGAUCCCGAGCUCGUAUCCUACCCGCCCUUCUUUCUCCAAUGCAAUGCGGGCGUAGGCGGCGCCCCUCCGCCGCCACCUCUGCCGCCUAGGGCGAUCUCCUCCUUUGACGUCGUGGCGAUCGACCUGCAGCGCCUUGACGCGGCCUCGCUGGGGGAGGCGUGCCGCGAGUGGGGUCUGUUCCGGCUGGUCAACCACGGGAUACCGACUGCGUUGAAGGUGGAGAUCGAGGCGGAGGCGCGCCGCCUCCUAGCGCUCCCCUUCGACGCCAAAGCAGCGCGGUUCGCCUGCCCCAGCAUCGCCUACUUCUGGGGCACGCCAGCGAUGAAUCUCCCCCUCAAGAAGCUCAACUGGGUCGAGGGUCUCCAUAUCCCCCUCGCCAACCUGCGCUCCGACCGCUCCGCCGUUGAUUUCGACGGAUUCGAGACUUUCCGGAAUUUGGUGGAUGAAUAUGGUCGGCACAUGGCUCGCAUUGCACGAACACUAUUUGAUGCUAUAGCGGUCGAUCUAAACCUUGAUAGGACGAUGCUGUCUUCCUAUUUGUUAGAAGAUGAUGGCACAUUCCGAAUAUAUCGCUAUCCCAAAUGCACCAAUGCAAAUGAUUACUUGGCAAUGGAAGCUCACACUGAUAGCUCCAUCUUGUCCAUUGUCAACCAAGACGAAGUUGGAGGGCUACAGAUUUGGCAAAAUGAUGGUUGGUUCAACAUUGAACCUAUCUCCAACACACUUGUCAUUAACCUAGGGGAUUUAAUGCAAGCGAUUAGUAAUGAUGAGUACAUGAGCAUAGAGCACAGAGUUAGUGUAAACGAAAGCAAAGCGAGAGUGUCACUUUGUUACUUUGGCUUUCCGACGGAUAGUUGUUCAAUCAGUAGCGCAAAGUAUAGGAAGUUUACUUAUAAGGAGUUCAAAAUGCAAAUGCAAGAAGACAUCAAGGCCUUCGGCUCAAAGGUAGGGCUAAAGCGAUUCAAGAUUGAUGCCCAAAAUGCAUGAGACAAUUUAUUUUAAACAUGGCUCAUCGAUUACAAUAAAAAGCUUGGAGGAUUCAAGAAAGAAUUUGAUUUCUCCAUCUCAAUCAUGCUUGAGAAUGAUCUAAUAUAAAGAGAGACAGAGAGUGCAAUAAAUACUCUCAAUGAUGCUAUAUACUUUUGUUUUUGUUUCAAAAAAUUAUAUGUUGAAGAGAUGCAAACUUGUUGGAUAACUAAAGUAUAUUAUUGUUCAUGAUAAAAUUGGAAUUGCACGUCUA